ACUCACACACAAAUACACACACACACACACAGAGCAACAAUGGUGGCCGGAAUGGUGAUGCCCUUGGUGGACUUGAGGGUCAUCUACGAGCUCCUGUUUCGCGAUGGCGUCAUGGUGGCCAAGAAGGACAAGCGGCCCCAGACCAAGCACCCAGAGAUCCCCAGCGUGGGAAACCUGCAGGUGAUCCGCGCCAUGGCCUCCCUCAAGUCCAGGGGCUACUUGAGGGAGACGUUCGCCUGGAGGCACUUCUAUUGGUACCUGACCAACGAGGGCAUUGUUUACCUGCGCGACUACCUCCGUCUGCCUGCUGAGAUCGUCCCCUCUUCCCUGCAAAGGGUUCGCCGUCCAACAGCCACCUUGGCCGUUGCCCAAAGGGCAGCGCGUGGGGUCCAGUCAGUGGACGGCCCCACAUCUUAUGUCCCCAAACCUGGCAGAGAAGAGAGUCAGGAGGCGAUGGCUGAGCGCCAGGUCUACCGACACAGGAGGCUGGACGCAGCUGAGGAGGAAGGCCCCUCAGACCGAACGCCAAGGUUCAGAGGUCGCCCCAUGGCCACCGAGCCGGUCAGACCAAGAGCACCAUGGGUAUCUGAGGCCCAGGCCCAGCCUCCCCCGAGGAUGGCACAGGGCUUCCACACUGAGGCUUCAAUGAUGGAGGAAAGCCAGGGGAAGAGGGCAUCCACGGUUACCUUCUUUCGGACCACUGAGGCUAGUAGCAGAAAAGCAGUGAUGUCCCCCCAGGAGAAGAUCAUCACUAAGGUCCAUGCAGAAAGGCCCCAGGUGUUUCCGGUUCAGAAAAAUUCCACUUCAACACAUGAAUCACAGGUCAGCAUCAAGUCAGUCUCCUCCAAAACAGCCCUCCCAUUAGCUGUUACUGCAAUGGCUAGUGCUGCAGUAGCUGGGGCUGCAGCAGUGAAGGUCUCAGCUGAAUCCUCUUUCAAUGAAACGGGUGAAGAGAAGCCCAAGAAAGCUGCAGCAGCGACCGUCCCUGAGGAGACCCCCAAAGUCUCUGCUGAACGUUUCCCCAGUAAGCCAGCCAUCCCAGCACCCCUGCCCCCUACUAAAAAGGUUAAGGAGGAGAAAAAAACAGAAGUGAAGGUAAUUCUAGAACCCAAGAAAGCAUCAGAAAUGACUGUCCCCCAAGAGACCCCGAAGCUCUCAGCCGAACCCACCAAAUCAUUCAAAGUUGACAUCACUGCUCACCUACCAGUGGUCAAUGGCAAUGACGGUGUUGUUAUUGAGAAGGUUAUCGAAACUAAGAAAGUGAUGAUUGAAGAUGGCUCCAAAUCAAAGAAGAAAAAAGCAACAGCGAAGGCUGUGAUUGCUGAACCACCUGUCACAAAGGUGUCCCCAGAAAAAGGACUGAAGACCCCAGAGGAAGAGACACAGGAGCCUGCCACCCCACCAGCUAUGACAUCGUCAAUAAAGCCCAAGGGACCAGAAUCCAAGAAUGAAACUAAGGCUGAGGUUCGAAGAGAAACUAAGGCUGAGGUUCAAAAAUCAAAAGAGGCUGAUCAUCAGACCUCCAAACCAGUGGUGGAACAGAGCAACACGAAAUCUGUAGUAUUACAAGAUGCACCCCAUCCCGUUGCAGCCCCUCCAGCUGAGCCUCCAAUCACUGUCCAAGUGCAGGAGAAGGCUGAGACAACCAAUAAAGUGACCUCAGGCUCAUCUGGAAAAAUAUCCCACAGGUCAAAGAUGAGUGUCACUAAAGUGGAAAUGGUGACAGUGGCGAAGACAAUAAAGAUGGAGAUGACACAGGAAGCCCUCAAACCUGUGGAGAUGACUUUUACACUGCCACUGCAACCACCUCAACCUGCCAUAGUGCCGGAGGCUAAAGCCCCUAUAGAAACAACUGUGGUUGAUUCAUCAAAGGCAAAAAAAGCUAAAAAGAAAAAGCAGGUUUCUUCCCCAAACCUUGAAACCACAAAACCAUUAUCCCCACCUGCAGCUGAAACAUUAUCAGCAACAGAGGUGCCGCUGACCAGGGCCACCGUCAAGGGUGACCUCCCAAACACCCCCGGGGCAAAGGUAAUGGACUGCUGUCCAAAGAUGCCUCCGGAAAGAACGUGGUCUGAGGAAACCAGCGUGGCAGCAGCUGUGCAGGCUGGGUCCCCUGCUUUAGACAAAGGGGAGGCGGAGCCUGCCCAGCUCUCUGCUGAAAAAAUCAAACGGGAGGACCCGAAACCAAAAACCUCCUCUGCGAGGGAAGCACCCGUUGCAGCCCGAGAGACAGUGUCAGCCAGAGUCGAGGCACGGGCCAGCCUCCACACUGAGCAGGGGGAGCUUCCCAGAGUUGUUGCACAACACUCAGCCGCUCUAGCAGCAGCACAGAGCACAGAGGAGGAGAAGAAGAAAAGUCUAUCUGUUCCUCCCAAGGCCUUGGAGAAGGACAAGGAACCCCCACAGACCCCUGCUACCACUGCAGCCACAGCCCCUCUGCCAGCACAGCCUCACCUGGAGGACACCAGUGACCAGCCUGUAGACGAGGCCAACAUGAGGAAGAAGAUAGUAGUGGUGGAGGAGGUGAUUGAGGUGCAGCACAUAAAUAGCCCACAGGCAGUGGCUGGAGGAGAGGUUCCUCCUCCUGUUGUACCUGAGAUAGCAGGGCAAGAACUGGACUUUGAUGUCCUGCACGCACUGGCCAUCGAACGGGCUCUCCUGGCCGGGGGAGCGGUGGUCGAGUCCGCCCAGAGCACCAUCUCCGACGAUGACUGGGACCACUCUCUGGACGUACCCGAGGAGAAGACCUUCCCCAACUUCAUAGAAGAUGAACGGGAUCGGGUACAGAAAAAGACCUUCACAAAAUGGGUGAACAAACACUUGAUAAAGUCACAGAGUCAGGUGACUGAUCUGUAUGAAGACCUGAGAGAUGGACACAACCUGAUCUCCCUCCUGGAGGUCCUCUCUGGGGAGACACUGCCCAGAGAGAAAGGCCGCAUGAGAUUCCACAAGCUGCAGAAUGUACAGAUUGCACUGGACUUCCUCAAACACCGACAGGUCAAGCUGGUGAACAUCAGAAACGAUGACAUCGCGGAUGGCAACCCCAAGCUGACCCUUGGGCUGAUAUGGACCAUCAUCCUUCACUUCCAGAUCUCGGACAUCCAGGUGAAUGGCCAAUCAGACGACAUGUCGGCCAAGGAGAAGCUGCUGAUGUGGUCCCAGCGCAUGGUGGAUGGCUACCAGGGCAUCCGCUGUGACAACUUCACCACCAGCUGGAGGGACGGCAAGCUCUUCAGCGCCGUCAUCCACAAACACCAGCCUAGACUCAUUGACAUGAGUAAGGUGUACCGCCAGACCAACGUGCAGAACCUUGAGUACGCCUUCAACGUGGCCGAGACGGACCUGGGCGUGACACGCCUGUUGGAUCCAGAGGAUGUUGACGUGCCACAUCCUGAUGAGAAGUCCAUCAUCACCUACGUGUCGUCCCUGUAUGACGCCAUGCCCCGGGAUGUCCAGGAUGGAAUCCAGGCUAACGAGCUGGAGCUGCGCUGGACAGAGUACUAUGAGCUGGUCACUAUCAUUCGGCAGUGGAUAAGCCACCAUGUCGUUAUCUUCGGGGAGAGGAGGUUCCCAGGCAGCUAUGAGGAGAUAGAGAUCCUGUGGCGUCAGUUCUUGAAGUUCAAAGAGACAGAACUGCCUGCAAAGGAGGCCGACAAGCACCGUUCCAAACUCAUCUACCAGUCCUUUGAGAGUGCAGUGCAUGCUGGUCAGGUCAAGGUUCCUCCAGGCUACCAUCCCAUUGACGUGGAGAAGGAAUGGGGCCGUCUGCACGUGUCCAUCCUUGAGAGAGAACGACUGCUCAGGACAGAGUUUGAGAGGCUAGAGAGACUCCAGAGGAUCGUCAGUAAAGUCCAGAUGGAGUCCGGUGUGUGUGAGGAGCAGCUCAACCAGCUGGAGACCCUGCUGCAGACGGACAUCCGUCUCCUGAGUGCAGGGAAGCCGGCUCAGCACACUGCCGAGGUGGCGCGGGACCUGGACAAGGCAGAUGGCAUGAUACGUCUGCUCUUCAAUGACGUGCAGCUGCUCAAAGAUGGGCGCCACCUGCAGGCCGAGCAGAUGUACCGCAGGGUGUACCGCCUUCACGAGCGUCUUGUGAACCUGCGCACCGAUUACAACCUGCGUCUCAAGUCGCAGGUGACGACCACCCAGAUGAUCCAGACCCAGACCAUCCAGCAGUCGUCCUCCAGGGUGCGUCCCGAGCUGGACGAGGUGACCCUGCGUUACGCCCAGGACCUGCUGACCUGGGUGGAGGAGAGUCAGAGGCGGAUUGACGAGGCCGAGUGGGGCUCGGACCUGCCCACCGUGGAGUCUCAGCUGGGCAGCCACCGGGGCCUGCACCAGACCGUGGAGGACUUCCGCGCCAAGAUCGAACGGGCCAAGGCUGACGAGAGCCAGCUAUCCCCAGUCAGUAAGGGGAUGUACAGUCAAUACCUGGGCAAACUGGACCUUCAGUAUGCCAAGCUGCUGAACUCCUCCAAGUCUCGUCUACGUAACCUGGACUCGCUCUAUGUGUUUGUCAGCGCGGCAACCAAGGAGCUGAUGUGGCUCAACGACAAAGAGGAGGAGGAGGUCAACUACGACUGGAGCGACCGCAACACCAACAUGACCGCCAAGAAAGACAACUACUCGGGUCUGAUGCGUGAGCUGGAGCUGAGAGAGAAAAAGGUCAACGACAUCCAGGGCACAGGAGACAAGAUGCUGAAGGAGGGCCACCCUGGCAAGAAAACAGUGGAGGCCUUCACAGCAGCCCUGCAGACUCAGUGGAGCUGGAUCCUGCAGCUGUGUUGUUGCAUCGAGGCUCACCUCAAAGAGAACACAGCGUACUACCAGUUCUUUUCGGACGUGAAAGAAGCUGAGGAGACGAUGAAGAAGAUGCAGGAGACGAUGAAGAAGAAGUACAGCUGCGAUCGCACCACUACGGCCACGCGACUGGAGGACCUGCUGCAGGAUGCUAUGGAGGAGAAGGAACAGCUGAACGAGUUUAAGACUCACGUGGCCGUCCUGAACAAGAGGGCCAAGACCAUAAUCCAGCUGAAGCCCCGUAACCCCACCAAGUCCAUCAAGGGCAAACUGCCCAUCCAGGCCGUGUGCGACUUCAAACAGAUGGAGAUCACCGUCCAUAAGGGAGAGGAGUGUGCCCUCAUCAACAACUCCCACAGCCCAAAGUGGAAGAUCCUGAACCGCUCAGGCAUUGAGGCGGUGGUGCCUUCAGUCUGCCUCCUGGUUCCACCUGUCAACAAGGAGGCUAUGGACAGUGUGUCCAGUCUGGACUCUGGUCACCAGUCGAUGCUGCUCCUGUGGCAGAGAAUGCAUGUGGACAUGAAGAGCAUGCUGUCCUGGCAGUACCUGACGAGAGACAUCACACAGAUACGUACCUGGAACAUCACCAUGUUUAAGACCAUGAAGGUGGAGGAGUACAGGCUGAUUAUGAGGAACCUGGAGCUUCACUAUCAGGACUUCAUGCGUGACAGUCAGGAUUCCCAGCUGUUUGGGCCGCACGACCGCAUGCAGAUCGAAGGCGACUACUCGAAGACCACACAGUACUACGACAACCUUCUGCGCUCUGUGGAGAAAGGACCAGUGGUUAAAACCAAAGGUGAGCAGGACGAGUCGAUGUGUGUGACCUACAUCACCCACAUCAAGGACCUGCGUCUACGGAUAGAGGACUGCGAGGCUCGUACCGUGGCCCGCAUCCGCAAGCCCGUGGACAAGGACCCCAUCCAGGACUGUGCCCAGAAGACCACCGACCAAAAGAAAGUCCAAGUGGAGCUUGAGGGGAUCAAGAAGAACCUGGACCAGGUGGCCGUGAAGACCGAGGAGGUCCUGAGUACCACUCCUCAGCAGUCCAGCACGGCCCCUGUCCUGCGCUCUGAACUGGACUUCACCCUGAAGAAGAUGGACCACGCCUACAUCCUCUCCUCUGUCUAUCUAGAGAAGCUGAAGACGGUGGACGUGGUCAUCCGCAACACGCAGGGGGCCGAGGGCGUUCUGAAGAAGUACGAGCAGCGACUGCGCGAGGUCCAAACGGUACCCAAUGACGUCAAGGAGGUGGAGAUGUACCGCACCCAGCUCAAGAAAAUGCGCGCUGAAGCGGAGGGUGAAAAGCCUGCAUUCGAUUCUCUGGAGGGCGAGCUCGGAAAGGCAGCAGCCGUGAGCGAGAAGAUGUCUCGUGUGCACAGUGAGCGUGACGCUGAGUUGGACCACUACCGUCAUCUCCUGUCCGGUCUCCAGGACCGCUGGCAGGCUGUGUUCUCCCAGAUGGACCUGCGUCAGCGGGAGCUGGAGCAGCUGGGUCGCCAGCUGGGUUACUACAGAGAGAGCUACGACUGGCUCAUCCAGUGGAUCGGUGAGGCCAAGCAGAGGCAGGAGAAGAUCCAGGCCGUGUCCAUCAGCGACAGCAAGACUCUGAAGGAGCAACUGGCCCAGGAGAAGAAACUUCUGGAAGAGAUUGAGCAAAACAAAGAGAAAGUUGACGAGUGUCAGAAAUAUGCUAAGGCGUAUAUCGACACUAUCAAGGAUUAUGAACUCCAGUUGGUGGCCUACAAAGCACAGGUGGACCCUCUCUCACCCCUGAAGAAAACCAAAAUGGAUUCGGCCUCAGAUAACAUCAUUCAAGAGUACGUGACGCUAAGAACCCGCUACAGCGAGCUGAUGACUCUGACCAGUCAGUAUAUCAAGUUUAUCACCGACACACAGCGCCGCCUGGAGGACGAGGAGAAAGCUGCUGAGAAAAUGAAAGCGGAAGACAGGAAAAAAAUGGCAGAGAUGCAGGCUGAGUUAAACAAACAGAAGCAGCUAGCUGAAUCUCAUGCAAAGGCCAUUGCCAAGGCCGAGCAGGAAGCUCAAGAGCUGAAGCUCAUGAUGCAGGAGGAAGUCAGCAGGAGACAAGUUGUGUCUGUAGAUGCAGAAAAGCAAAAGCACAAUAUCCAGCUGGAACUACAUGAGCUCAAAAAUCUCUCAGAGCAGCAGAUCAAGUCCAAGAGUCAACAGGUAGAAGAAGCCAAUCAGAGCAGAGUCAAGAUUGAGGAGGAAAUCCGUAUCAUCAGGAUCCAGCUGGAGACCACUGUCAAACAGAAGUUUACAGCUGAGGAUGAGCUCAAGCAGCUCCGGGAAAAAGCGUCUGAAGCCGAGAGGCUGAGGAAGCUUGCACAGGAGGAGGCUGAGAAGCUCCGCAAACAGGUCAACGAGGAGACCCAGAAUAAACGCAAGGCAGAGGAAGAGCUCAAAUUAAAGUCUGAGGCUGAGAAGGAGGCAGCCAAGCAGAAGCAGAAGGCUCUGGAAGACCUUGAGAAGCUGAAGAUGCAGGCGGAGGAGGCGGAGAGACGCAUGAAGCAAGCUGAAGUGGAGAAGGAGAGGCAGAUCAAGGUUGCCCAGGAGGUGGCACAGAAGAGUGCUGCCACCGAACUCCAGAGCAAACGCAUGUCCUAUGUUGAAAAGACAUCAAAGCUGGAGGAAUCACUCAAACUAGAGCAUGUCACCGUCAUCCAGCUGCAGGAGGAGGCAGCUCGUCUCAAGAAGCAACAGGAAGAGGCUGAUAUGGCCAGGGAGGAGGCGGAGAAGGAGUUAGAGAAAUGGAGACAGAAAGCCAAUGAGGCACUCCGCUUAAGGCUCCAGGCUGAGGAAGAAGCUCACAAAAAGAGUCGUGCCCAGGAGGAUGCCGAGAAACAGAAGGAGGAUGCUGAGCGUGAGGCCAGGAAGAGGGCUAAAGCUGAGGAGUCGGCACUCAAACAGAAAGAUAUGGCAGAGCAAGAGCUGGAGAGGCAGAGGAGGAUAGCUGAGGGAACUGCUCAGCAGAAACUCUCAGCAGAACAGGAGUUAAUCCGGCUAAGGGCAGACUUCGACCAUGCUGAGCAACAGAGAUCCCUGCUUGAUGACGAGCUGUACCGCCUGAAGAAUGAAGUCAAUGCAGCUGAGCAGCAAAGGAAACAGCUUGAAGAUGAACUGGCCAAAGUGAGGAGUGAAAUGAAUAUACUCCUGCAGCUAAAGUCCAAGGCAGAAAAGGAGAGCAUGUCCAACACUGAGAAGAGCAAACAGCUCCUUGAAUCUGAAGCUGCAAAAAUGAGGGACCUUGCUGAGGAGGCCGGCAAACUUAGAUCCAUCGCUGAGGAAGCCAAGCGACAAAGGCAAGUUGCUGAGCAAGAAGCAGCUCGUCAAAGAGUUGAAGCUGAAAGGAUCCUCAAAGAGAAGCUUGCUGCCAUUAACGAGGCAACUCGCAUGAAGACUGAAGCAGAGAUUGCCCUCAAAGAAAAAGAGGCUGAGAAUGAGCGACUCAGACGACAAGCUGAGGAUGAAGCUUACCAGAGGAAAGCUCUGGAGGACCAAGCCAGCCAGCACAAGCAAGAUAUUGAAGAAAAGAUCAAUCAACUCAAAAAGUCAUCUGAGAAUGAGUUGGGAAGACAAAAGACACUUGUAGAUGAAACUCUCAAGCAGAGACGAGUGGUUGAGGAGGAAAUUCGCAUUCUCAAGCUAAACUUUGAGAAAGCCUCAUCUGGCAAGCUUGAUUUGGAGCUGGAGUUGAAUAAACUGAAAAACAUUGCAGAGGAAACACAACAGAGUAAACUCCAAGCUGAAAAAGAGGCUGAGAAACACAGGAAACUUGCCCUGGAGGAGGAGAAACGCAGGCGCGAAGCAGAGGAAAAGGUCAAAAAAAUCACUGCUGCAGAGGAAGAAGCAGGCAGACAGUGCAGAAAUGCGCAGGAGGAAGUUGAGCGCCUCAAAAAGAAAGCAGAUGAAGCCAAAAAGCAGAAAGAGGAUGCUGACAAGGAAGCAGAAAGACAGAUCCUCGUAGCCAAACAAGCAGCACAAAAAUGCAAUGCAGCAGAACAGCAAGUUCAGAGUGUCCUUGUCCAACAGAAGGAGGACAACCUCACACAGAAACAGCUCAAGGAAGAGUAUGAGAAAGCCAAGAUGCUUGCGAAACAGGCGGAGCUUGCCAAGGAAAAGGCAGAGAAGGAGGCUGCUCUUCUCCGGCAACAAGCUGAGGAUGCAGAACGCCAAAAACAGGCCGCUGAACUCGAAGCUUCCAACCAAGCCAAAGCUCAAGAGGAAGCCGUGAAAUUGAGAAAGGAGGCAGAGUUCGAAGCUGCCAAGCGAGCGCAGGCUGAGGCUGAUGCAAUCAAACAGAAACAACAAGCAGAUGCUGAGAUGGAAAAGCACAAAAAGCUUGCAGAGAAAACAGUGAGUCAAAAGUCUCAGGUAGAGAAAGAGCUCACAAAGGUCAGGCUUCAGCUGGAUGAAACUGACAAGCAAAAAUCUGUCUUAGAUGAGGAGCUGCAGCGCUUAAAGGACGAAGUCGGUGAUGCGGUCAAGCAGAAGGCCCAGGUGGAAGAGGAGUUAUUCAAAGUCAAGAUUCAGAUGGAGGAGCUGGUCAAACUGAAACUCAGAAUUGAGCAGGAGAACCAGCGUCUUAUCAAAAAGGACAAGGAUAACACUCAGAAAUUCCUGGCCGAGGAAGCUGAGAACAUGAAGAAGCUUGCAGAAGAAGCUGCCAGACUCAGUGUGGAAGCCCAGGAGGCUGCACACAUGAGACAGAUCGCUGAAUCUGACCUCUCCCAACAGAGGGCACUUGCAGAGAAGAUGCUAAAGGAGAAGAUGCUUGCCAUUCAGGAAGCAUGUAAACUGAAAGCAGAGGCUGAGAUGCUCCAAAGACAGAAGGACCUGGCUCAAGAGCAGGCCCAGAAGCUGCUUGAGGAUAAACAACUGAUGCAGCAGCGUCUUGAGGAAGAGACUGAGGGCUUCCAGAAAUCCUUGGAAGCUGAGCGCAGGAGACAGCUGGAGAUCACCGCCGAAGCUGAAAACCUCAAAGUCAAAGUGUCCCAACUAAGUGAUGCUCAGUCCAAAGCAGAGAAUGAGGCCAAGAAAUUCAAGAAGCAAGCAGAUGAGAUCAGUGCCCGUCUACAUCAGACAGAGCUAGCAACUAAAGAGAAAUGGACUGUUGUAGAGGAACUUGAAGUGCAACGACUGAGCAGCAACAAAGAGGCUGAUGAGUUACGCAAAGCCAUCGCUGAUCUAGAAAAGGAGAAGGACAAACUGAAAAAGGAGGCCGAAGACCUACAGAAUAACUCUAAAGAGAUGGUCAAUGCUCAGCAGAAACAAAUCCAACACGAGAAGACAGUACUCCAGCAGACAUUCACCACAGAGAAGGCGGCGCUGUUGAAGAAAGAGAAACAAAUUGAAGAGGAGAAGAAGAAGCUGGAGAACCAGUUUGAGGAAGAGGUCAAGAAGGCCAAGGCCCUCAAAGAAGAACAGGAACGGCAGAGGAAGCAAAUGGAGGAGGAGAAGAAUCAACUUCAGGCUACCAUGGAUGCUGCCCUCAACAAACAAAAAGAGGCUGAGAAAGAAAUGCUCAACAAGCAAAAAGAGAUGCAGGAGCUUGAAAGGAAACGACUUGAACAGGAAAAGCUGCUUGGCGAGGAGAACAAGAAACUUCGCGAGAAACUGCAGCAGCUCGAGGUCGCCCAUAAAGAGCCAAUCUCCCACACCAGAGAAAUCGAUAUCCAGACUGACAAUGUGCCUGAGGAUGAACUGAUCCAUAUGACCAUGGUGGAGACAUCAAAGCAGGUUAUCAAUGGCCAAAGUGUUGGGGAUGAGGUUGACAGUAAGAAGGAUACAUUGUCCUUUGAUGGCAUCCGCGAGAAAGUACCUGCAAGCAGACUUUAUGAAGUUGGCCUUUUGACGAAAAAGGAGUUUGAUAAGCUGAAGAAUGGCAAAGCUACCGUGCAAGACCUCAGCCAGACUGAUAAGUUAAGAACAAUUCUGCAGGGCAAGAACUGUAUAGGGGGUGUCUUGACACAGUCUAAUCAGAAAAUGGCAAUAUAUCAAGCUAUGAAAGAAAAGAAACUGACUCCUGGUUGUGCUUUGAUCCUCCUGGAGGCACAGGCAGCCUCUGGCUAUGUAGUCGACCCAGUUAGAAACAAGAAACUCUCGGUCAGUGAGGCUGUGAAGGAAGGCCUGAUCGGACCUGAGCUGCACAACAAAAUGCUGUCUGCUGAGAGAGCUGUCAUUGGUUACAAAGACCCUUACACCAGUAACAAGAUCUCACUCUUUGAAGCUAUGAAGAAGGGCUUGAUUGACAGAGACCAUGCCAUUAGGCAGCUUGAGGCUCAGAUAGCUACUGGUGGACUCAUUGAUCCCAUAAACAGCCACCGUGUGCCCAUCGAGACUGCAUACAAACAGGGGCAGUUUGAUGCUGAGAUGAACAAGAUACUGGAGGACCCUUCGGAUGACACCAAGGGAUUCUUUGAUCCUAACACCCAGGAGAACUUAACAUACCAUCAGCUAAUGCAGAGAUGCAGCACAGAUCCGGAGACAGGACUGCUGCUCCUGCCCAUCACUGACAAGGCUGCUCUGAGCACAUCAACCUACACAGAGGAGGAGACCAAGGAUGUGUUCAGCAAGACGACCAUCUCUGUGCCAUUCGGAAAAUUCAAAGGAAAGACUGUAACUAUCUGGGAAAUCAUCAAUUCGGAGUACUUUACCGAGGACCAAAGAAAGGAUCUUAUUCGUCAGUACAAGACAGGAAAGAUCACAGUGGAAAAAAUCAUCAAGAUUGUUAUCACCAUGGCAGAGGAAAAGGAAAAAAAGAAUGAAAUCGCUUUUGAGGGUCUGAGGGGACCUGUCCUUGCUACUGAACUACUGGAGUCCAAGAUAAUCGACAAAGACCUCUACAACAAGCUGCACACAGGCAAUAAAACAAUCAAAGAGGUGUCUGAAAUGGAGCCUGUUCACAAAUCCUUGAAGGGUACAAACUGCAUUGCAGGUGUAGUUAUUGACUCAACUAAGGAGACUAUGUCUUUCUAUCAAGCCAUGAAGAAGGAUAUGAUGAGGUUAGGGCCUGCUUUAACUCUGCUGGAAGCACAAGCAGGAACAGGAUUUGUUGUUGAUCCUAUAAAGAAUCAGAAGUUCACUGUCGAUGAAGCUGUGAAAGCAACUGUCAUUGGUCCUGAGCUGCAUGAAAAACUACUGUCAGCUGAAAGAGGUGUUACAGGCUACAAAGAUCCUUACACAGGAAAGACUGUGUCUUUGUUCGAAGCAAUGAAGAAAGAACUCAUUCCAAAAGAUCAGGGCAUCAGACUCCUAGACGCGCAGCUUGCAACAGGAGGCAUCAUUGAUCCAGUGAAAAGCCACCGCAUCCCACAUGAUGUUGCCUGUAAACGAGGCUUCUUUGAUGAUGAAAUGAAGCAUAUUCUGAAUAAUCCAACUGAUGAUGUUAAAGGCUACUUUGACCCCAACACACAGGAAAAUGUCACAUACUCACAGCUAUACAAGAGAUGUGUCACUGACAAUAAAUCUGGCCUUCAGCUUCUUCCUCUGUCUGAGAAAGCAAUCAAUGCAAAGGAAGAGCAUACAUACACAGACGUCCAAACCAAAGAGGCCAUGAGCCAAGAAACAAUGGAGCUGCAGUCUGGUCCAUUCAAAGGGAAGAAACUCACUAUCUGGGAAAUUAUCCACUCUGAAUAUAUUACAGAGGAACAGAGAAUUGACCUGAUGAGGCAGUAUAGGUCUGGAAAGAUUACAAUAGAAAAGAUCAUCACGAUUGUGAUCACCAUUGUAAACGAGAAAGAGGCUAAGAAACAAGAGCAAGACAGCUUUAAAGGGCUUAGAGCACCUGUUUCUGCCAAGUCACUGUUUGAUUCCAAAAUCAUUGACAAAUCUACGUUUGACAUGCUCCAACAAGGCAAAAAGACACCUACACAGGUCAGCGAAAAUGUCAAUGUAAGCAAGUACCUGCAGGGCUCUGACAGUAUUGCUGGUGUCUACCUUGAACCGACAAAAGAGAAGAUCAGCAUCUAUCAAGCUAUGAAGAAAAAUCUUCUGAGACACAACACAGGCCUGUCACUUCUAGAGGCCCAAGCUGCCACAGGGUUCAUUAUAGAUCCAGUGAAGAACCAGUACCUGUCAGUGGAUGAUGCAGUUAAAGCAGGCAUUGUCGGCCCUGAGCUACAUGAGAAACUGCUUGCUGCUGAAAAAGCAGUCACUGGUUACAAAGAUCCCUUCACGGGCAAAACAAUCUCUCUCUUCCAAGCAAUGGAAAAAGAUCUAAUCAUUAAAGAGCAUGUCAUGCCACUCUUGGAGGCCCAACUGAGUUCAGGAGGAAUCAUUGAUCCUGUGAACAGCCACCGCGUUCCUAUUGACGUUGCCUAUCAGAAGAGCUUUUUCAGCAAAGAAAUGACACACAGCUUCUCUAAACCAUCUGACGAUAACAAAGCUUUCUCAGACCCCAAUUCAGAUGAUAAAGUAACAUACAAACAGCUGAAAGAGAAGUGCACUAGAGAUCCUGAUUCAGGCAUGAACCUUCUACCACUUUCCAAGCCACAGGCCCCUAUUGUGGUGGAGAAGACAUACCUCUACACGGAGGAACAGACGCAGAAUGACCUGGCCACAACACAAAUUGACCUCCCCAGUUCACUUGAGUCCCUUGCUGGAGGGUCAAAAAGUCUCUGGGACAUCAUGAACUCAAAUCUACUUCCUGAGCAAGAGAGGAAGAAGCUGAUGGAGGAGUAUCGUUCUGGCAGUAUCACUAAAGAGCGCAUGAUCAUCAUCAUUAUUGAGAUUAUGGAGCAGAGAGAGAUCAUCCGAGGUGAAACUGUUAAGUCCUGCAACACAAUCAGACGUAGGGUCACUAUCGAGGAGCUCUACAAUUCCCGUAUCAUUGACCUGGAGACAUUCAACCUGCUGAAGCAAGACAAAAGAAACAUCCGUGACAUUAUGGAGAUGCAGAGUGUGAAGCAGUAUCUGUUUGGCACGGGCUGCGUUGCUGGUGUCAUAUCUGACUCCACUUCCAGGAUGAGCAUUUAUUCAGCGAUGAAGAGAGGGUUCUUGAAGCCUGAAAUUGCCCUUAGUCUCUUGGAAGCACAAGCAGCAACAGGAUUCAUAAUUGAUCCUGUCAGAAACGAGACACUCACUGUUGAUGAGGCUGUCCGCAAGGGUGUGGUCGGCCCUGAGAUCCAUGACAGACUUCUGUCAGCUGAGAGAGCGGUCACGGGCUACAAGGACCCUUACAGUGGCAAAAUAAUAUCUCUCUUCCAAGCAAUGAAAAAGGACCUUGUUCUGGAGGAUUAUGCUCUGAAAAUGUUGGAGGCUCAGACUGCCACAGGAGGCAUUAUGGAUCCUGAUUUCUACUUCCACCUCCCAGCGGACAUUGCCACACAGAGAGGAUACAUCAACAAGGAAACAAAUGAAAGGCUUGCUGAUGACGUAAAGGGAUUUGUUGACCCUGUCACUGAGGAGAAACUUUCUUAUGCCCAAUUACUCAGGAGAUGCAAGAUUGACCCUACCAAUGGGAUGCGCUUGCUGUCACUGGGAGACAAGAGACUGACGUUCAAAGGUCUUAGAAAACAGAUCACCAUAGAGGAGAUGUUACGCUCUCAGAUCAUCGACCAACAGACGGUCAAUGAGCUGAAUGAAGGUCUGAUUUCAGUGGAAGAGGUUAGCCGUAGACUCCAAAAAUACCUUGAGGGCACAAGCUGUAUCGCUGGUGUUUAUGUAGAGGGAACUAAUGACCGUCUAUCAGUCUACCAAGCCAUGAAAAAGAACAUGAUCAGGCCAGGAACUGCCUUUGAACUGCUGGAGGCUCAGGCUGCCACAGGCUAUGUAAUUGACCCAAUCAAAAAUCUCAAACUUACUGUCAAUGAAUCUAUCAAGAUGGGAAUAGUGGGGCCAGAAUUCAAAGACAAGCUUCUCUCUGCUGAGCGUGCCGUGACAGGUUACAGAGACCCCUAUUCCGGAAAGACAAUCUCUCUGUUCCAGGCCAUGAAGAAGGGGCUCAUCUUAAAAGACCAUGGAAUACGUCUCCUUGAGGCUCAGAUUGCCACUGGCGGAAUCAUUGACCCAGAGGAGAGUCAUCGCUUGCCAGUGGAGGUGGCCUACAACCGUGGCCUCUUCGACGAGGAGAUGAAUGAGAUUCUCACAGAUCCAUCAGAUGACACCAAGGGUUUCUUCGAUCCCAACACUGAGGAGAACCUGACAUACCUCGGGCUAAUGGAGAGGUGCAUCACUGACCCAGCUACUGGCCUUGUCCUCCUGCUCCUGAAGGAGAAGAAGCGCGAGAGAAAGACCUCCUCCAAAUCCUCUGUCCGCAAACGCCGAGUGGUCAUCGUGGACCCAGAGUCAGGCAAAGAGAUGACUGUCUAUGAGGCAUUUAGAAAGCAGCUCAUUGACCAUCAGACCUACCUGGAGCUUUCUGAGCAGGAGUGUGAGUGGGAAGAGAUCACACAGACAUCCUCUGAUGGCGUUGUCAAGUCAAUGAUCAUCGACAGACGGUCAGGAAGACAGUAUGACAUUGAUGACGCCCUCGCACGAGGCCUCAUCGACCAGACUUCACUUAGUACCUACCGCUCCGGAAACCUGUCCAUCACUGAGUUUGCUGACAUGCUGUCUGGAAACAUGGGUGGCUUCCGCUCCCGGUCAUCCUCUUUUGGUUCCACCUCUGGUUCCACCUCAUCAUCAUACAAUCCCAUGAGCCCCAUACCCUCCAUUAGACCCCCUGCAAUCAUGUGGAAUGACCCCACGGAGGAGACUGGCCCUGUAGCCGGAAUCCUGGAUACAGACACUUUGGAGAAGGUGUCAGUCACAGAGGCCAUGCACAGGAACCUUGUGGACAAUAUAACAGGCCAAAGACUACUUGAGGCACAAGCCUGCACAGGGGGCAUAAUUGACCCAACUACUGGUGAACGAUUCGCUGUUACUGAGGCAACCGAGAAAGGGCUUGUGGACAAGGUGAUGGUGGACCGUAUCACCCUGGCUCACAAAGCUUUCAAUGGAUUUGAGGACCCAAGAACCAAAGUGAAGAUGUCUGCCUCCCAAGCUCUAAAGAAAGGCUGGCUGUAUUAUGAAGCUGGGCAACGUUUUCUGGAAGUCCAAUACCUUACGGGGGGGCUGAUUGAACCGGAUGUUGAGGGUAGAGUCUCACUGGACGAAUCCAUCAGAAAGGGCACAAUUGAUGCUCGCACUGCUCAGAAGCUGAGAGAUGUGAGCGCUUACUCCAAAUACCUUACAUGUCCCAAAACCAAACUAAAAAUCUCUUACAAAGAUGCCAUGGACAGAAGCAUGGUUGAGGAAGGAUCUGGCCUGCGACUGCUGGAGGCCUCCUCACAGUCAAGCAAAGGGCUGUACAGCCCAUACAAUGCCAGCAAUUCCGGGUCUGCCGCUGGCUCCCGGUCCGGGUCCAGGACUGGAUCCAGAACAGGAUCCAGAAGAGGCAGCUUUGAUGCCACAGGUUCCGGUUUCAGUAUGAACUUCUCAUCCUCCUCCUUCACCAGCUCCAGCAAUUACGGUGGCCGCAGAUAUGAUGCAGGACCUCAUAAUGGGCUCAACUUGGAUGAGCUAGCCCAAGCCCUUAUGGCUCUAGCAAUGAUCAGGCCAUGCAGCUCAGAAGAACAACGAGCCUUCCCAAUGAUGAUACCAAUGCAUACCACAGUCGAGGAAAGUGUGUAUGGAUUGGCAACACCCACAUCCAAGGAACCAAGCUCUGGGAGGGAGUCAGAGGAGUGGAGCCAAUGGCAGGGGGAGUUCAGAGGUCAAAUCCGAGCCCUGCGACACUGGCUGAAGAGCAUGGAGAUGAGGCUACCUCCUCUGGACCAUACGGAGUUGUAUGGGUCUGGAAAAGAGGAAGCCCAGCAGGUGCAAGAGCGUGUGGACAGCCUGAGGAUACGCUGCUCGGUGUUGAGCCUGACCAGUGGUGACGUGCUGCAGAGACUGGAGCAGGCCCUGGAGGCAUCCAGCCGCUGCACCUCCAGCCAGGAAGACCUCCACCUGUGGCUGGGCCGCAUCGAGAGGGAACUGCUGGGGCCUGCUGGGGGGCAGACUGGGGGUGGAGACACGGCACUCUGUGCUGCAGAGAGACAGAGGUUGGAGCAGGCUGUGGUGAAGGAGAUGGCCUGGUUCAGAGACACUGCCCUAGGCCUGGAGCAACUCAAAGCCAUUACUCUGGAGCCUGAGCUUAUCUCUGCCCAACUCUAUGAACAGAAGAUCCUUGCGGUGGAGAUUCUGCAACACAAGUUCAACAUUGAGAAGAUGGUGAAGAUCGCUGAAAUCUUGCAGACAUACGGCGAUGAAGGGGAGAUAAGGGAUCUGCAGACCCCGUUGGAUGCCUUACAGGAACAAUGCAACACCACAUCAGCCACCAACUCCCAUGUGGUCCUGCAGCUGGAGCAUGCCCAAUCCCUCUUGGUUCAGUUCACUGAGGGCUUUGCUGAGGUGUCACCAUGGCUACAGGAAACCCAAGCACUCAUUGGCCAGCUCUCCCUGAGCACCAUUAGCUACAAGGCAUUCCGAGAACAACAGGACCUCUUACAGGGCCUAAGGGAGUCCAUAGCAGAGCAUAGACCUCUGAUAGCACGGCUGUGCUCGCUGGGGAAGCGUCUGUCAGAGCUUAGUCCCGCCCAGGGGGAGGAGUUCUGUCAUAGCGCCACAGAGGCUGAGGAGCAGCACAGGGCCAUCAGGGACAGGGUCAGAGAGGCUGCCAAUCUGCUGGAAGAGUCCCUGCCAAGAUACACACAGUUGAAUGAGAGGAUGACGCUGAUUAGAGAGAGUCUGGAUCGUCUGCUUGGCCACAUGCAGUCCCCAGACUCUCUGCAGGGCCACACCCCGCGCAUCCAGGAGCAGCUACAGGACAACAAGCACACCCUGGCUGAGCUCUCCAAGCUGGAGCUGGGGCUGGGGAGUGUCCGGACCCAGGCUGACGAGCUCCUGGCCAACACGCUGGCAGCUGGGGACGCCUCCAUCGGUACAGCGAUCCAGGAGCAGGUGUCCAGCCUGACCCAGCUGUGGGAGGAGGCUCAGACGCAGGCUCAGGAGAGAGAUGGCUGGCUGCUCAAUCUGCUGGACCUGGCUCUCAAGUUCUGGAGCGAUGUUAGUGACGUGGCGGCUGGCCUGAACGAUGCCCAACAGGCUGUCCUGGACCUUAACGCCAGUAGGACAGACUCAGAGACCAUCCGCCAGAGCCUGGAGACCAUGCAGACACUCAGGAAGGACAUUGACAGUCUACAGGGGGAGCUGGACACGCUUGGCAUUCUGGGAAUGGACCUGAUGUCAGCAUGUGGGGAUACAGACAAACCUGAUGUCACCAAGAGCCUAGAUGAGCUCUACUGCACAUGGAACAACCUGAGUAAACUCUGGAGUGAGUGUCACAAAACGCUGGAGGAAUCUUUACAGAUGGCUCUACACUACCAGGACACCAUACAGGGGCUUUUCGAGUGGCUCAAGUCAGCAGAGCUGAGAUCCACAGAGGAGUUCUUGGUAGGAACUGACCUGGAGUCAGUCAAAGAGCAGCUGUGUGAUCUCAAGGAGUUUAAACGGGAGCUGUACCAGAAGAAGAUCGAGGUGGAGAGCCUGAACCACCGCUUCGUGUGCAGGCUGUCUCCAGGCUCUGAGCGUCCCGGAUCCGUCUCUCCCCUGUGUGACUUCAGACAGCGCUGGGACAGCCUGGAGGCAGAGACCGUCAGCAGACAGCAUCAGUUGGAGUGUGCUCUGCUGGGUCUGGGUCAGUUCCAGAACACUCUGGACGAGCUGCACACCUGGCUCUCCCACACAGCCGACCUCCUCCAGGGCAGCCGCCCAAUCAGCAUCGACCUGCAGGCAUGCGAGAUAGAGCUGGCCAAACACAAGGUGCUGCGUAAUGACGUCAUGUCCCACGUGCGUACGGUGGAGUCUUUGAACCAGGCGGGGAGGGGCCUGUUGGAGGUGGGGACUGGGGACAGCCCUCAUGGUCUGCACCUGCGGCUGGAGCAGCUGAACGAACGCUGGGAGUUUGUCCGCUGUGAGACAGAGCGCAGACAGCUACGGCUGGAGAACAACCUCAGUCAGGUCCAAGAUGUUACCAUGGAGAUCCAGGACCUUCUUCAGUGGUUGGAGAACACAGACCUGAGACUGUCCUCCAGUAAGACAGUGUGGGGGAUGCCUGACUCUGCCAGCGAGAGGCUCAACGCACAUCUGGAACUGUGUAAUGAGAUGGACUCCAAGCUCCAUGCCUACACAGACGUGAGGAACGCCAUCCGCAGGAUGUUGGAGAGCAGCAACGUGACCCGGGGCUCCAGCACGGAACACAGCCUCUGUAUCCUAGAGCAGAAGUGGACUACCGUCUACGGGAAAGUACAGGACCGCAAGGCUAAGCUAACCGAAGGGUUGAGCCUGGCGAAGGAGUUCCACUGUAAUGUCCAGGAGCUGCUGACCAGGAUGGCCAAGUGUGAGGAGGCCAUAGGAGUCCUGCCUGUCCCCAGCUUUGUCCUGGACACAGUCUAUGGCCAGCUGCAAGAACACAGGACUCUGGUGAGUGAGGUGAACUGCUACGGUGAGAAGAAGACAGUGGUGGAGACUGCAGGCUCCAGGCUGACCGAGUUGAGCAGGAAGGAGGAUUGUGACGUGGUUCACAACCUGAUCAUGACCGUACACGACCGCUACAGGAAACUUCACCAGCGAGCCACAGAGAGGGGCCGAACACUAGAGGACGUCAAGAAGAAUGCAAAACAGUUCAGUGAAUCUUGGCGCCUCCUAGUGGACUGGAUGACUGAGGUGGAGCAGACGCUGGACACACAUAAAGAGAUUGCUGUGGACCACGAGGAAAUUAAACUGCAGCUCACCGAACAGAAGGACUUCCAGAAGCUUCUGCGCUCGAAGCGACCCAUGUACGAGGCCACUCUAAAGAGUGGGCGGGGCCUCCAUGAGAGGUCUCAGAGCGCCCAGGACAGACAGCACCUGGAGAACGUGCUCUCUGAGCUCCGGGACUCAUGGGAUACCAUCAGUGGCAAAUCCAUUGAAAGGCAACACAAACUGGAGGAAGCACUGCUGUUUUCAGGCAGAUUCACAGACGCCCUUCAAGCCUUGAAUGACUGGUUAUACAGAGCAGAGCCACAGCUGGCUGAAGACGUACCUGUCGGUGGGGAAAAAGACACGGUCAACAAUCUGAUCGACAAGCACAAGGUGUUCCAGAAGGAGUUGGGGAAGCGAGCCGGGUGCAUUAGGACCCUGAAGCGCUCGGUGAGGGACCUGACCAGGAGCAGCACUGCUGAUGCCCAUUGGUUGCAGGAGCAGAUGGACGAAUUGGAGGCACGCUGGGAGGACGUGUGCAAACUGUCCGUAUCCAAGCAGGCCAGGCUGGAGGCAGCCCUUCAACAGGCUGAGAAGUUUGACAGGCUGGUCCACUCCUUCCUGGAGCAUCUGGCGGAGGCAGAGAGGGUGCUGAGGUACGGGGUCAUCCCUGAGGAGGAGGAAGCUCUGCUGGCCUUCCGCAAACAGCAUGAGGAGUCAAUCACUUCCCUGCGCUCCCAGGAGAUGGAGCUAGAGAGCAUCCGGUGUCUGAAUGAGGAAAUCCUGUCCUCCUGUCACCCAGACUCCAUCAUCACACUCAAGUCCUGGAUCAGCGUCACCAAGACCCGCUACGAAGAGGUGCAGACUUGGGCCCAGCAGCAGGGCCAGAGGAUCCAGGCCAGCCUAUCUGCUCUGGAGGAUGAGCGGGAGAAGCUACAGCGCCUACUGGACUGGAUCUCAUCCGCCGAGGAGGCCCUCAACCUCAGAGACCAGGAGCCACCGGCUGAGAGCAUAGAACACAACCAGGAACUCAUCGCCCAACACAUGGUAUUCAUGGAGGAGCUGAACCGAAAACUACCAGAGGUUGAACAUGCCACUAAAUCCUGCAAAGAGAAGCUGAUCCCCAAACAGCAGGCUUCACCGUGCCGCAAGGCACUGACAAAGAGGAGGAGCACUCUGAAACUCCAGCCUACAGUAAUCCCUCUCCCCCUGGAGAACCUGGACCCUCAGACCCCUCAGCUGUGUCAGCUGGUCAGCCACUGGCAGAAACUCUGGCUCCUGGCUCUGGCCAGACAGGGCCGCCUAGAGCAGCACGAGCAGGGACUCCAAGAGAUGGAGGAAUUUGUGAAUUUCGACUUCAACGUCUGGCGAAAGCGCUACAUGCAGUGGAUCAGCCACCUCAAGUCUCGGAUCCUAGAUGUGUUCCGAAACAUCGACAGGGACCAGGAUGGACGAAUCAGCAAGAAGGAGUUAAUUGACAACGUCCUGGCAUCCAAAUUCCCCACCAACUCCCUGGAGAUGAAUGCAGUGGCCAAUAUCUUUGACAUGAAUGGGGACGGCUUCAUUGACUACUAUGAGUUUGUGAGUGCCCUCCAUCCCAGCCGGGAUCCCUACAGGAGGACGCUAGAUGCAGAUCAGAUCAACGAGGAGGUGGGUCGACAGGUGUCUCAGUGCAACUGUCCCAAGAGGUUCCAGGUGGAGCAGAUCAGUGCCAACCGCUACAGGUUUGGGGAUUCCCAACAGUUGCGGAUGGUGCGUAUCCUGCGCAGUACCCUGAUGGUACGGGUGGGAGGAGGCUGGACAGCACUUGAUGAAUUCCUGGUCAAGAACGACCCUUGUAGAGUGAAAGGUCGGACGAACCUAAAGAUAAAGGAGAAGUACUUGUUCGACAACUCUCGGAGAGGAGGCUCAUCUAAAACCCUGACGGUCAGCAGGUCCAACUCCAGCCUGAGUCUCUACAGCAGCGCCUCGGCUCCUAGCAGCCCCCUAACACGCAAGGCCUUACUGCGGAGGAGUCUCUCAGGUGACCGCUGCAUCCGGCCCAGGAGCUCCAUAGCUGCUCUGGGGUCAGAUCUACAGUUCUCCACUGCGGGGGAUGACGAUUCUCUUUCACCAUCAGAGGAAGCUGAAAGACUGCCCACAUGAUGAGGAAGGUAUGUCCACAACGCGCAUCAUGUGAAUGCUACAGUGAUGAGCUCCACUACAGCCUUGGGGUCCAGAGAGAGAGAGAGAGCGAGAGACCAACAAGACAAGGCCUCAGUCACAAACUCCACAACCUUCAGAAAGUGAUACAAAAGGGCCAGAUACACUAUUGAACACUGUGUUUGCAGGCUCUCUGGAGAGCCUUCGAUUGGUCAGCUAGGGAUCUGGACAUGACCUCUGACCUAAACCUGGACAUAACCCACUACUCUCCUCUCUGAGUCGUUAUAUUGAUAUAGUCAUCAUUUCGAUCAUCUGAACAACUUCGAUACUGGCUUUCCGAAUAUGACAGUAUCCGAGGAUAAAGAUAUUGGAACAGUCUGCAUGGAUACGAAUUGCAUGACGGCUAUCGACAAAGCUUACAAUCUACAACAUUUGUUUUACCCCUGCAUCCUUAUAAUGAUGUCAGGGCAAGCUGCGAUCAAGCAACGGUGUGUCCUGAAGCCUCAAAACUCUGCAAGAACAAACGUGUGUAUUAGCAGCAACUGGAUCAUGGUUUUCUAAGCUAUAUGAAGUCAGGGUUUCAUCAGCGACCGUCAUAAUUAGUUCCCUUAUGUUACUGUGUGUACUGCAUUUCUCCUUUGAAGUAAGUGGGUCUGUAAAAUGCGCUCAAAUGCAAGUACGUGAAGUUGUGCUAGUAGACGCUGUAUUUAGUAACAAGACACAGACCGUCCAAAGGAUGAUGCCAAAGCCUACAGAGCCAAUGGUUCCAUCAUCUUUCACCGUUGUAAUUCUUUUCCCAUGACAUAAUAGGAAACACUAGCCUGGUCCCAGAUCUGCUUGUACUGUUUUCGCCAAUAGCGUCCAUAGGAGUUUGCAAGCCAGCACAAACAGAUCUGGCACCAGGCUAAGGAAAAACUGCUGGCGGGGCCACAUUGCUGUUUCAAGUUACAACUUCAACCUAAACAGACGCUACACUGUCAGUGUAACGGUCGCUUUUUAACGUCCUGUAAGUGUUGUUUUAAAUGCUACAUUUUAAGGUCAAAACAUGUAUGAAGAUGGGCAUGGGUCAUUGUUUUGUUGAGAUUAUUUUCUCAGGUUUGGUUUUGCCCUUUUGAUGUUUAAGGGUUGAAUGUCUACGUGGAACAUUACUGUGAGAUUGUAGAUGUACUUUUUAUGUCACCGCUGAGAAGCCACUGGAGGUUUUAUAUGGCGGGACAUGUUGAAGGGCAAGUUGUGUUCUUCACACAUGAACUUCUCAGCCAUGGAAUGCACUUUUUCUUUGGUUUGGUUCUGUAUGUGUGUGUCACUUUUUGUGAUUUAAUUCACUUAGUUUCAGUGUUUGGGACUAGAGAAAUAGACGGGAGUUUAUUUGAUUUCUGAUGAACAACUGGAGGGUUUCGCAGGGUGUGGCCCUCCCAAAAUACAAAAGUGUAGUUCUCAAUGAGAUCCUGGCUUUCUUUCCUCCAUUCGGUCUUAAUUCGGACUAUUUUAGGCAAAGCAACACAUUCAUUUAUGUCUCUUUCCUCCUUUUGAGCCUAGGCAGAAAAGCAAAAUGUCCCACCUAUAGCAAACGUUCCCCACGUGUGUCUCAAACAAUUACACCUCUGCGUACAACAACUGUCAGACAGAGGAUUGAUGCCGCUCACCAUGACUGUGCCGGUGCUACAAUUCAUAUCAAUAUUAUAAACCCCAAAGAAAACUGUAUAUCAUGUGACCCGCUUGUGAAAGUCUACACCCUCAACUCUACCUCAGACAGAUGAGGUGUGAGGCUUGAGGCUGACGAUGUCCUAAAACGGACAACGUACAAAUAUUUUGUCUAUAGGUGGCAUCUGGACUUGUCCCUGCUUAAUCUUGUAUCAUGCUUGCCUUCUCUAUGGUUUACAGUAUAUCUGGUAAAUUGUACCACUGUAAGCAAGUGUGUGUAUGUUACCACUGUUAGCACGUGUGUGUAUGUUACCACUGUUAGCACGUGUGUGUAUGUUACCACUGUUAGCACGUGUGUGUAUGUUACCACUGUUAGCACGUGUGUGUAUGUUACCACUGUUAGCACGUGUGUGUAUGUUACCACUGUUAGCACGUGUGUGUAUGUUACCACUGUUAGCACGUGUGUGUAUGUUACCACUGUUAGCACGUGUGUGUAUGUUACCACUGUUAGCACGUGUGUGUAUGUUACCACUGUUAGCACGUGUGUGUAUGGGCAUGUGUUAAGUAUGGGUUUUCAUUUUUUUUAUUGAGACUGGUCCAAGAAAGGUACAAGCUUACAUGACAAAAGCAGUGGAUUGUGUAGACUAAGGUUUGGGCUUAUGCAGUUCUGAUUAAGAAAAACAAAAAACUAAAUUUCGAACUCCUUUGUU